AUGCCUGUUGCACCUCUAAAAUUAUACCAUAACCCUUCGCUUCCAGCCGAGAGAGCUCAGGACGCUCUCGACGAUGCUGCUCUCGAGCAAAUUUAUAGCAGAGAUGAAGAAGUCGAAUAUAGGGACCAUGAUGAUACUGAUGAUGGAGAUUUUAAAGUGAGUGUGCGUGAAUACGCGGUGACUCGUUUCACUUCGUUGUUGCAUAUUCAUAAGGUUAGUGCGGAAAAUUUGAAUCCUAUUCCAGAAUUGCGUAAGAUGACUCUACAGAAUUGGAAUUAUUUUUUUAUGGGAUAUCUGGCGUGGCUCUGUGCUGCAUGGGCCUUUUUCUGUGUUUCUGUGAGUGCUGGUUCGCUCAGUAAGCUUUACGGUAAGACUACACAUGAUAUUACUUGGGGUUUGUCGCUUGUUUUAUUCGUUAGGUCUGCAGGUGCGAUAAUCUUUGGUACCUGGACCGAUCGUUAUUCGAGAAAAUGGCCUUUUAUUACCUGUUUGUUGAUUUUUGCUGUGGCUCAAUUGUGUACACCUUUCUGCGAUACUUAUAGCAAGUUUCUGGGAGUACGGUGGUUGACUGGUAUCUCUAUGGGUGGUAUCUAUGCAUGUGCAUCUGCGACUGCUAUCGAGGAUGCACCAGUCAAGGCCCGUUCGUUCUUGUCGGGGUUGUUCUUCUCUGCAUACGCGAUGGGGUUCAUCUUUGCAAUUAUCUUCAACAGGGCUUUCUCCAGCGUCGGCGGUUCAAACUCGUGGAAGAUCCAGUUCUGGUUUAGUAUGUGGUUACCACUUUCGCUUGCGGCAUGGAGAUUACUAUGGCCAGAGACAAAUUAUUUCACAAAGGUGUUGAAGGCACGUAAGCUUAUUGCGAAGGAUGCGAUUGAAGCUAAUGGAGGUCAGCCUUUACCCAAAUUAUCUUUCAAGCAAAAAUGGGUCAAUAUUAAAUCUACCGUUAGAAGACAUUGGGUUCAUUUCGUUUACCUAGUGCUACUGCUUGUUGGACCAAACUACUUGACACACGCUUCUCAGGAUCUACUGCCAACAAUGUUGCGUUCCCAAUUGGGAUUAUCUGAGGACGCGGUUACUGUGAUCGUCGUUGUUACUAACUUGGGGGCUAUCUGUGGUGGUAUGAUCUUCGGUCAGCUCAUGGAAAUUACCGGUAGAAGAUUGGGGCUUAUCAUCGCCUGUACCAUGGGAGGUUGCUUCAUCUACCCAGCAUUCAUGCUACGUACGAAAGAGGCCAUCUUGGGAGCUGGAUUCAUGUGUUACUUCUGUGUCUUUGGUGUCUGGGGGAUUUUACCCAUUCACAUGGCCGAAUUGGCUCCAGCAGACGCAAGAGCUUUGGUCUCUGGUUUGGCUUACCAAUUAGGUAACUUGGCAUCGGCUGCUUCGGCUACGAUAGAGACCCAGCUGGCCGAAAGGUACCCUCUAGCUAGAAACGCCGCUGGUGAAGUCACUAAGAAUGAUUACGCAAAAGUUAUGGCUAUUCUUACUGGUUCAGUCUUCAUCUUCACUUUAGUCUGUGUCUUUGUCGGUCAUGAGAAAUUCCACCAUGAUUUAUCUUCCCCAACCAUGAAAAAAUACAUCGAUCAAGUGGAUGACUUGGAGUCCGAUGGUGUCUCUGUCAGUGAGUACGUUACUCAGGAAUUGAAGAGUGCACCAAUGAACUUUUCAGAAUCCAACAGAUCAAAGGCCUCUGACGAACAAGUCGAAAUAGCCUGA